GCUUAGGCUGAACUGAAACAAAAACCCAUAAGAAUCUUGCAGCUACCACACACCCAUUUGUCGGUCCUCUUUCUGCACUCCUCUCCACUCUGAGCAAACCCCAAGCACGAACUAAGAGAUGGGUUCGAGAGAAGAAUAGAGAGAACAAUGGCGGUGGUGAGUUCUUCUCUGGGCGUGUUGGGUCCCCUGCUGGGGAAGCUCACUGGUUUGCUUGCCGAUGAGUGUGCCCGCCUGAAAGGCGUCCGCCGCGAGAUCCGCUCGCUCAGAUCCGAGCUGACCUGCAUGCAUGGCGCGGUCCAGAAGUGCACGACGCUGCAAGAUCCUGAUGUUCAGGUGAAGGCGUGGAUAUCGCUGCUGAGGGAGCUGACCUAUGACAUUGAGGAUGUCAUCGACAAGUUCAUCCACCAGCUCAGUAAUGAGGGCCACCAACACCAGGGUGGCUUUAAGGAGUUCUUCCGCAAGACUGCUCGCUGGCUCAAGACUCUGGGCUCUCGCCGUGGAAUCGCCAACCAAAUCAAUGAUCUGAAGAUUCGUCUCGAGCAGGUAAAAGAGUUGAAAAGUAGUUACAAGCUGGAUGAUAUUCCCUGUGUACAUUCAGUUGUGGAUCCCCGCUUGUCUGCUCUUUUUGUUGAGGAAACACACCUUGUGGGAAUUGAUGGUCCAAGAGAUGAUCUUGUCAAGUGGAUGCUGGAGGAUGAAAGUAGGUCGACGAAGGAUCGCAAGGUGUUGUCCAUUGUUGGCUUUGGUGGGUUGGGAAAAACAACACUGGCCAAGGAGGUCUACCGCAAGAUCCAGGGGGAGUUUCAUUGUCAUGCUUUUGUCUCGGUCUCGCAAAAGCCCAACGUAAAGAAAAUUAUGAAGGAUUUGAUCUCUCGGGUGCCUUGCAAGGAAGAUUUUAAGGAAGGUAUCGAAACUUGGGAUGAAGCGGAAUGUAUUGCGAAGCUAAAAGAACUCUUACAGGAUAAGAGGUAUCUCAUUGUUAUUGAUGACAUAUGGUCCACAUCAGCAUGGGACGCUAUUAAGUAUGCUUUCCCGGAGAAUGAAUUUUCUAGCAGGAUUAUAGCUACCACACGAGUUGUUGAUGUAGCAAGAUCAUGUUCUCAUGGUGGUAAUGGCCGCAUGUAUGAAAUGGAAGCCCUAAAUGAUCUCCACUCCAAACGAUUGUUCUUCAAAAGAAUAUUUGGUUCUGAGUGCUGCUGCCCUGAUAUGCUAAAACAAGUUUCAAAUAAAAUACUGAAGAAAUGUGGAGGCCUCCCAUUGGCAAUUAUCAGUAUAGCAAGUUUAUUGGCAAACAGACCGCUGGUCAAAGAUGAGUGGGAGAGGGUCAGAAGGUCUAUUGGUUCUGCAUUGGACAAAAACCGAAGCUUAGAUGGAAUGAAUAACAUAUUAUCCCUUAGUUACAAUGAUCUUUCACCCAAUCUCAAGACCUGCUUGUUAUAUUUAUGUAUAUAUCCUGAGGAUUAUGUGAUUGAAAGAGAUAUUUUAGUGAGGCGAUGGAUAGCAGAAGGCUUCAUCUCUGAAGAGCGCGGACAAAGCAAGCAAGAGGUUGCCGAGAACCACUUCUAUGAGCUAAUAAACAAAAGUAUGGUCCAGCCAGUUGAAGUUGGCUAUGAUGGAAAGGCUCGUGCUUGUCAAGUCCAUGACAUGAUGCUCGAGCUCAUUAUUUCAAAAUCGGUUGAAGAUAAUUUCAUCUCUUUGGCAGGCCAUGGUCAAACUGAUUUGGCAAAGGGUGAUGGUCUUAUUCGGCGACUAUCGGUCCAGCAUAUUGACCAAGAGCUUGCAUCCAUAUUGGCAAAUGAAGAUCUAAGCCAUGUACGAUCUCUGACAGUGAUAGCAUCAACUUGCAUCAAACAUUUGCCUAGGCUUGUUGAGUUUGAAGCUUUGCGUGUAUUAGAAUUUAGAAAUUGUGAGAAUCUGCACAUGUAUGAUAUGGAUGGUAUAGAUAAACUAUUUCAACUGAAGUACCUGAGCUUUAGGGGUACUCGGAUGUCGAAGCUACCAUCAGGAAUUGUGAGGCUAUAUGGUCUAGAGACGCUAGAUCUUAUAAAUACACAUAUAGAAGAAUUGCCUACUGGAAUUAUUCAGCUCGUAAAACUACAACAUCUACUCAUUACAAGAUGCUUUUUCCGUGAUCCUUACGGUGAAGCAAAGAUACCAAAUGGUAUUGGAAAUAUGAGGAAUUUACAUGUGAUCUCGGGCUUUAAUAUUAUGAAGAGUUCACUAUGUGCAGUCAAGGAAUUGGGGAAUCUGGCCUGUCUGAAAGAAGUGCAUCUACAGUUGGAUGGUCGAGGAUCUCAGGAAUACAAGAGGCAUGAAGAGAUGUUGCUCUUCUCACUAUGCAAGCUUGGCACAUGCAAACUUCAGUCUUUACGGAUAUCCUGUCCUGAUUCAGCACCCACCCAGUUCUUAGAUUCUUGGUCCCCUCUGCCAUAUAAUCUCCAAAUAUUUUGGGUGACCACUGGCUACAAUUUACCAAAGAUGCCAAAGUGGAUUGUACCAGCACUCACCAAUCUUGCAUACCUGAACAUUAAUUUGAUUGAAGCAACAAAGGAGGAUCUGUGGCUACUUGGAGAGAUGCCUGCUUUACUUCGACUGAGUAUAACAUUCAGGACUGUCCAAAAAGAAAGGCUUACCGUACAAGGUGCUGCAUUCCCGUGUUUGAAGGAAUUCAACCUUAUCCGUACUUUCCGUUGUGCAAGUGCAAUUUACUUGACAUUUGAAGAAGGGGCACUGCCAAAGCUGGAGAAGCUUGAGCUGCCGUUGUUUGUUUCAGUGGCAGAAGCCUAUGGGUUCUACUUGGGUCUUGGCCACCUCCCAUGUCUGAGAGAUGCCCAAGUUACUCUUUGCAAUGAUGUUGCCACAUCUUCCGAAAUCAAGUCUGCUGCAGCCGCCUCUAUAAGGAAUGAGGCAAAUGGGCAUCCCAAUCAUCCUAGGUUAUCUAUCCAGGACAGAACGGAAGAUACCUACUUUGACGAGGAAUGGACCUAGCUGUCAGGGAAUUGUUAUAUCAUGACAUUUCACAACCAAUGCAAGAGGGGAUCUUCUGUUGAAUGCAAGCGUCUGAUGGUGUGCUGCUGGUUUGAUUGGAAUGUUGUGGUGAUGCGUGAACCAUGAAGCUGGACUGAUUAGUUGUGUGUGGAAGCUGAAAUAAAGGUGUCCGAGAAGAAGUGGUUUUUACUUGCUCUGCUAUGUUACUAUUUUGUUUUCAGGGACUGUUGUGCUACCAGAUUUUGUUGCCUUGAUUUACUAUUGCUAAGAACUUAAGUUCGCCUCUAGGUGAAGUUUCGCUGUUGUUUAUAUGUACUCGAGUACUUGUGUGUGUAACUUAAUUUGAUGGACUGCUGUGUUGA